AUAAAUGUGUGAAAAGAGCACGAAACAGACAUACCGGUAAAAGCAUUUUUAUUUUAGUUUUUCCUUGAUUGGACAAGUUUUUACAUCUUUUUUGUAAGAAUGUGGGACGCGUUUUCAUGGCUAUUUUUUUUUUCUUGGAUCAUUAUUUCUUCACAAGUUAUACCAUUUGUAUUAUUUAACUAAAAAAUAUUUGGUUUACAUGACAUAACUCUGAAUUUGUGAAUAGUUACUUUUUUUUUUAUAGACAAAACAAAAGUCCACAUUGACAAAAAGUCGCAUUUUGUUGCCAUGUCAUUCAAACAUGGCUGCCGUCCCCCCCCCCAAAUAUAAAUGGUUCGUUUAAUAUUUUCUCUUCACUCCUGCCACGCCACACUAAAACUAAAAUGAGAGUGGAACUUAUUGUGAGCCCAACUUGUCACUUAUUAGUUCGUACACUUUAAGCUUAAUAAUACACCAAAAGAAAGCUUAUUGUCUUUUUCUGCCUUUUAUUUCCGCCCUUACUUCUUCCACUUCCCGGUGUCCAACACACAACACAUGUCAUCGUAUCCUGUGUCCCCCCGCCUUAUAGUUCCCCUUCCAAAGGUUCCGGCAGUGUCAUGUGACCUGAGUACCCAACACGUGACAGGACUAUGCCCUUAUUUACUGUGUAAAUACAUGCUCUAUUUUAUGUCAACACACGCGCACGGUCACUAUGGUGACGAAACCACGUCGCUUUUCCGAGAUGCCUUCAAGGUCAUCCGUUCAUGAGCCAUUUCCGGUAUGUUCACGUCGUUCUGUAAAAAACAACAACCCGCAAUAUAUUGCUAAAAUUACUGUCACUUUUGUACUAUGGCCUUAAUUAGUUUUGAGGGACAAUAUUCGGCUCAUGUAAUGUUUGUUCAAGUCCAAGACGACCUUUGUGCUUUUUUUCUCAUGUUGUUGUAGACCCUGAACGCACCACAUCCCCAAGAACAGGAAGACGCGAUGAGUUCAUUUUCUUUGGCGUCGAACUUUGCUCCCCUUUUCCGGUUCUUUGAGCGCAAGUACAAGAGAAGACCCUGAACGCACCACAUCCCAAGAACAGGAAGACGCGAUGAGUUCAUUUCGAACUUUGCUCCCUUUUUUUCCGGUUCUUUGAGCGCAAGUACAAGAGAAGACUUCCCGUGCUGAGCGAUGGCCGGCGUCCAGAUCCGGAAGUACUGCGAGGACGACGCGGAGACGGUGAAGGAGCUCUUCACGCUGGGCAUGAGCGAGCACGUGCCCGCGUCCUUCGUGCACCUCCUCAAGCAGCCGCUCACCCAGAUGGUGCUCAUGGUCACCUUCUGCGCCCUCCUGACCAGCUCCAAGUCCUUCCUGCUGCCCGUCCUCGCCGUCACGCUGCUGAUGGCCGCCGCCCGCCAGCUGGUGGUCCACAUGUUCAAUAGCUACAUCGAGAUGUCGUUCAAGCUGGACCUGGACAGCAUCGGCGAGACCUACAUGGCGGGCAAGGACUCCUGCUUCUGGGUGGCGGAGAGCGACGGGCGGGUGGUGGGCAUGGUGGCCUGUCUGCCCAGCCAGAGCGCCCCCGGCUGCCUGGAGCUGAAGCGCAUGUCCGUGCGGCGCAGUCACCGCGGCAGGGGCGUGGCCAAGGCGCUGUGUCGGACGGUGGCGGACUUUACCCGCCGGCGAGGCUACGCCGCCGUCCUCCUCUACACCUCCGUGGUCCAGACGGACGCUCAGAAGCUCUACGAGCACAUGGGCUACGACAAGGUGCGGCAGUUUGUCCUUCCUGAGGUCGCCCACAAGCUCAUUAACUUCUCCCUCUUGGAGUACAGACUGGAUUUGCAGAAAGACAAGAAAGGGAACUGAGGGAAAAAACUUCCACAGAACUGUGCCGCGUCUCAGAUGUUGUCAAUCACAUUCAAAUGGGAAUUUGUAGCAAUUCUUUAAAAAGUCCAGUUCACUUUAGCUCAGGGGUGUCCAAACUCGCCAGCCUCUUCGAAACCUCUUUUCAAGUUUCUGAAUGCUUCACAUUUGCUGCCAUCUAGUGGACAAUGAUCAACAAACAGCACAGCAUUUACUUAUAUGACACAAUCCAAACAACCUUCCCUAGUCAUGGUGCAAAAAAAAAUCUACAUAAAAGUCAACACACAUGGUCACACAUAACACACCCUAAACAUUGUGAAUAUUAUGAAAAAUGUCCAAACACUACAAAAAAAUUCAAAAUCACACCCAUUUAAAUCCAUUAGAGUGCAUGAUGGGGAAAAAUGCAAAACACUCAUAAAACACAACUUAUAUGACACACUCCAAACAACCUUCCCUAGUCAUGGUGCACAAAAACCUACAUAAAAGGUCAACACACAUGGUCACACAUAACACAACCUAAAUAUUGUGGAUAUUAUGAAAAACAUCCAAACACCAUAAAAAUAAUUCACAAUUACACCCGUUUAAAUCCGUUAAGAGUGCAUGAUGGGGAAAAUGCAAAGCAUUCUUAAAACACAAUUUAUAUGACACAAUCCAAACAACCUUUCCUAGUCAUGGUGCAAAAAAAAAUCUACAUAAAGGUCAACACACAUGGUCACACAUAACACACCCUAAACAUUGUGAAUAUUAUGAAAAAUGUCCAAACACUACAAAAAAAUUCAAAAUCACACCCAUUUAAAUCCAUUAGAGUGCAUGAUGGGGGAAAAAUGCAAAACACUCAUAAAACACAACUUAUAUGACACCAUCCAAACAACCUUCCCUAGUCAUGGUGCACAAAAACCUACAUAAAAGGUCAACACACAUGGUCACACAUAACACACCCUAAACAUUGUGGAUAUUAUGAAAAACGUCCAAACACCAUAAAACUUUUUUAAAUUGUGCCCAUUUAAAGCCAUUAGAGUGUAUGGUGGGAAAAAUGCAAAACACAACUUAUAUGACACAAUCCAAACAACCUUCCCUAGUCAUGGUGCACAAAAACCUACAUAAAAG